UGAAGCUUAGUGCGAACAUAUAUUUCCAAUGUGAGCCUAGUGUGUGGAGUACUUGGUUCGAAGUUGGUGACUUUAAAGUUUUUGCCCAAAUAAUGGAAGUAUCCAAAUUAUUUGUAUUAGUGCUGGCGGUAUCGGUACUGGUCAUAACCGUCAAUGCCUGCAGUAUAACUCUGCCCGAUGAUAUUCAAGGCUUUGCUCCAAUUAUUUUGGUAAAAAAUAAUCCAACCUCCGGUGAUUAUCAGCUGUUUAAGCCCACGGGAAAAACUACCGAUAUUCCAGAAGGUGCUAGCCUCUACCUCGUCUGUACGGGCAAUAAAAAUGUGAUCACCUCGCUGAAUGUGGCCUCCUUGGUGCUGCAAUGUUCGGCCGAUCAAUUUGUUGAUGCCAACAACAAUGCCUACAAUUUGUACGACAUUGUCUGCAAAUCCAUACCAAGUUCAACAUUGAGACUCACCAGCGAUGGAUGUUCUCAAAAUCGUGGAACCAUAUUUGAAGCUGGCUAUAUGGUGGAUCAGACGUUCUAUGGACCCGUUUUUGAGAUGUGCUAUGACAAUGUAACCGAGACAACAUACUACACACACAAUGUGAUUAAUGGAGCGGCCAUUGAUUACAACAUCAAAGAGAGCACCCGUCGUUCGUUCUCAGCCGAAGGCUUGAAACUCACCACAACCAAAACCAACAACUACUACACCCAAAAGAAUCAAAUUGAACGUUUUGAGAACUAUUUUGGACCCGAUCAGAGCUACAUUGAUUCCAUUAAUUACUUGGCCCGCGGACAUUUAACCCCCGAUGCCGACUUCGUGUUUGGCUAUGAACAAUUGUCGACCUACUACUAUGCUAAUGUGGAGCCCGAAUUCCAGCCCGUCAAUGCCGGUAAUUGGUUGCGUGUCGAAGAGCUGGCUCGAUCCGUUGCAGCAUCUCAUGGCAAUGAUUUGGAAACAUAUAACGGCGCUUUUGGCCAAUUGCAACUGCCAACUGUUAAUGGGAAAAUGGUGGAUAUUUAUUUGGAUGAUGCCAAACAGUUUGGAGUUCCGGAAUAUUAUUUCAAAGUAUUGUUGAACCGGGCUAGCGAUGCGGCUAUCGUUUUUGUCAGCGUCAAUAAUCCUCAUGCUGUGGAUGGUGAGUCCAGGGAGAUAUGCGAGAGUGUUUGUGACGAGGCCGAUUUGAAACAUGCCAAUUUCCCCACCCUGUCAAAGGGCUACACAUUCUGCUGUCGUCUGGAAGAUUUCAAAUUAAGCUAUGAUGGCCUACCCGAAGAUGUGGAAGCUAACAAUUUGUUGGUUAGAAAAGUGUAAGAGAGAGAGAGAGAGAGAGAGAGAGAGGGACAUUCUAAAGAUUGAAGUAUCAGAUUUAAAAUGGAAAUAUAUUUUUUAAUGCUGUACAAUAUUAAACAAAAAGAAAACAAUAAAGCCCUAAGUUUGAAUGUGGAGAUAAGCUUGAAUGAUUUCCUGUCUGAUCUAGUGUUGACAGCUAUUAUUUGAAACUUCAAUGGGAAUUUUUUCUCAGGGGAUUUGAGUAUUCCAAGACAGAAAACCAACAAAAAGAUAAAAAAUG